AGACUAAAGAAUAAACUGGGGGAACAAAGGGAACUAAAAUCAUAAUACAAAACUCAGAGACACAAGAAACUCUAAACACUGGGUCACCGACCCAGGACCGUGACAAGAAUAGUUCAUCCAUCAGACAUUCGAAAAGCAUACGGUGGAAUACAGUUUAUUUAUCUUCCUCUCAGGAACUUUGUAUCUCAAGCAGGAAUUGUGUGAUGCAAAUCCAAAUCAGCGUAGAGUCAUAGUAAGGAUUAUUUUGUAAUCUGUUUCUCUAAAUAUGAUACACAAGGACAUUAAACCUAAGCAGUCCACAAUAUGCAAAUGAAUAUUGACAAUGCUCGUACCAGGUCAGUGAGAGAGAAAAGGAUAUGGCAAACCUUUUUGGGAACAUAUUUCUGUAUCAUUCUGGGAGCUGUGGCUCAAAGACCGAAUCAAACACUAAUGGGAAGACCAAACUGUAGGGUGUAAGUGUGUGGUAGAGAGAGAGGAUGACACAGUUCAUGAGUGUACUGUGUGGUUGUAGUGCUGUAAAUCCAAAGCUUAUAGAAAUUAGGGGUGGGGUUAGGACAGACAGAGAAGAGAAAGAAGAUUAGCUGCUUCAAAGGUUUCUUCGGCGAUAAGAAGCUGCCAGUGGUUGUGUGUUCUUCUCUUUAUUACACCAGCAGGCUUGAAGCAUGGUUCCAGACAUAGAGAGAAUUAUUGAGAGCAUCGUCCGCAGAGACCAGGACAGCGUGCAGCUUCUGCUCAACAGCUACAACACACAGUAUGCAGAGUGCUUCUUUUUCAACACUGAGGAACAGGAGAGGCGAAAGCAGCAACAACUGGAAGAGUUCAGGAAGAAAAAAUUCAGGGACUGUGCUCCUGCUUCUGACUCUGACAUUGACUCAGAUGAUGAGAAUGCAGAGCUUCUGCUCCGGCAGGAUCUGUCUGCAGCCCUGUUGUGCUUCAUUGGUAGUCAGCUACAGCCGGCGGUUUUACGGGUUUCCCUGCAUACACUGCGUAUCCUGUCCCGUGACCGUAGGGCCCUGGGGCACAUGGUCACUGAUAGUGCCCUUCUCACAUUAGCACACAUGGGAGGCAUCGCCAUACCACAGACAUGCCUACAGCAAGAAAAUAAGGAAGCUGAAGAUCAAGUGGGCAGAUCAUGCAGCACGACCCAUAUUAGAGCUGUGAGUAGUUGUGAGCAGGGUGCAGAAGCUGGCACUGCCCCGUCUGGGUGCUCUGUGGUUUCAUUUUCUGUUCUUGCUGAAGGAGCUGUCUCUCCAGCCACAUGUGGUUCAGUGAAUCACUGCUAUCAGCAGAAACAUGAUGGAGAGCAUGUGACGCUCUCCCGUGGCAAAAAAGACACCCAACAAGAUAACAUUGAGGAACUAGAGAAGGAGGAGGAUGGAGAGGUGUGCAGGAAGGAAGCCUUGAAAGUCUUGUGUAAUGUCAUCUACAACAGUCCCCGGGCACAGGAGAGAGCCAGUGCACUAAGGCUAUUGCAAGGUUUGUGGGAGAGUCUGAAGGAGGAGAUCUGGAGUAAAGUGCCACUCAGCUGCCACUUUUACAAGCUGAGGCUACUCUUCUUACUGACAGCCCUAAGACCUGAACUCAGGCUGCAGCUGCAACAGGAGCGGGGAGUGUCAGUGCUGACCAAAGCCUUGGAACAGUGCCUGGCUGUGAGGUGGGGUGUGGAAUAUGAGGUGCUUACCGACAGUACACAACCUCCCAUUUCCAUGGAAGUGUCCCAGAAGGUCAUUGAGAUCCUCAAGACACUCUUCAACAUCACUCACAUGUUCCACAGGCAGGAGCCUGAUGAGGAAGAUGCUGCCCUGUAUCGACACCUAGUGGCUGUGCUGCGCCAUUGUCUGCUCCUGUCAUGUGAAGGAGAAGACACAUUAGAAGAACUCCAAGGGCACACAGUGAAUGUCCUCUCAGCAUUGCCACUGACAUGUCUGGAUGUCCUGGUGUCUGUCCAGGUGGACCAAGCAUCCCAUAAGUGCGAGGGGGUCAACAUGGACUGUGUCCACAACUUGUUACUCUUUAUGAACAGACGGCUAAACAGGGGCCAAAAGCUGAAGGAGAAACUAACACCUGUACUGAAUCUACUGACUGAGAGUUCUCGGGUACACAGGGAGACGCGCCACUACUUACGGCAAAAGAUCCUACCUCCACUGAGGGAUGUUGCCAUCAGACCUGAGCAGGACAGCUCCCUCAGAGGCCAGCUGGUCCGCCUAAUGACCCACGUUGACACAGAUGUGAAGGAUUGUGCUGCUGAACUGCUGUUUGUGCUCUGCAAAGAAAAUGUCAGCCGAUUUGUCAAAUAUACUGGAUAUGGCAAUGCUGCAGGGCUGUUGGCAGCUCGGGGACUGCUUAAUGGUAGAAUGAGUUCUAGUAACAGCCAGUACUCCAGCGACUCAGACUCAGACACAGAAGAGUACCGAGAGGCCAAAGCCAAGAUUAACCUGGUGACUGGCCGGGUAGAAGCAGACCAGCCUGAUCCAAUGGAGGGCAUGACGGACGAAGAGAAAGAAGAGGAGGCACGUCACCUCAUUAGUAUGAUCAACAGACUGUCACGUGACCAAAUCAUCCAGCCAAUGGGUGUGACAGCUGAGGGCAGACUGGCUCCACUUUGGGGCCAAAUGAGUGACUGCACGCUGGAAGAAGAGGAAGAGGAAGAAUUGAAUCUCAUACCAGAGGGGGGCAAAGACAGUCAGAUGGAGUAGGAUGAUGGAAACAAAGAGCGAGGCAGAGAUGCUAACACACAUAUAUACAGUGUUGGGAAGGUUACUUUUGAAAUGUACUCCACUACAGAUUACAGGAUACAUGCCCCAAAAUGUAGUUUGUAAUGUAUUCCAUUAAGUUACUCAAUGUGAGUAAUGUAUUCUAAGUACUCUGGAUUACAUAAUAUUAUCAUGCUUUUUACAACUACAUAAAUGUACUAUUACUGAAGGCUACUCGCCAACGAGCUAACAUUGCUAUCUGGCGUUAGCUGAGGUUAGUUCAUAGACUGCAUUCAGAAGUGCACAUUUGCAGCUAGCAGGUUGUUAAUGCUAUCCAGCAAGUCUAACAGUCUAUGAACUAACCUCAGCUAAUGUCAGCUAACAAUGUUAGCUUGGUGACAAGUAGCCUUCAGUAAUAGUAGUAAAUCACACAGCAAUAGUACAUCGAAGAUACUAAAGUGGCACAUAACCCAGGUAGCUACCACAACUAAAACAAGCUAGCUGCAGUAGGCUAAUGUUAGUUUUUCUUAAAAACAACUUAUUUCCAGAUGUUUCUUUAGGUUAGAGUCUUUUGACGCUGAGAGCAGAUUGGUUGCUGGCAAACAAAGUUUGCACUGCACGCUAAGAUUUCACCCAUUCCUUUCUUCUUUAAAUGUAAAUUGGUGAUUUUGCUGGCUGCGGGUCCAUUGUGUAACUGAGGCCACCAACAUUAACAGGACGCUUACAUUAGAGCCUCUUAUUGUGUGUUUUGCUGGAGAAUUACAGAGGGGAUAGCCUAACAUAUGAAACAGGAAAAGACUGCCAUGUAAUCCAUUUAUUUCAACAAAGGAACUGCAUUCUAGUUAUCACCUUUUAAACGGUAACUGUAAUGGAAUACAGUUACUCAUAUUUUGUUAAAGAGAGAUAAUCCAUAAAGUGAAGGGUAUCAGUCACUAUUAACUAGAUGGCGAGUGAGCUGAAUUUAUGUUUUCUAUGUUGCUUUGUAUUUUACUAUUUUAUAGUAACCCUGUUAGCAGCUUUAUAAAAACAUAGUUUUUUUUGUAGAACAUGGUAAUGUGUUAUUGAAUGUGGAAAUUGUGUAAUGUAAGCUUAUAAAAUGGAAGCUUUUUCUGUAUCAUCCUAUAAUACUGUACAAAUCAUUACAGUUAGUACACAUGCAGAACUGCAGCAUCUGAUCCAUUUAUAGAAGGCUUGCAUCCUAACAGUUGAAAUAUUGUUUGGACUCCAAAAGGCACAUGAACAGUAUCUUAGAUUAGCUGUACUCAAUGACGAGUGUAUAAAUAUACAAUGCUGUCAUG